GCUUCCGGUGUGGCUUGAAAUCGACUAGUUGGUGUUUUAAAAAAGCUGACAGGGAAGCUAGCGUUGUUGCUCGAAGCUGCUCGAGUUAGCAAAGUGCGAGGCCGUCUGUGGUGGUUUCUUGCCGUAAAGUAACUCGCUACUGCUAGUUAAGAACGAAACGAGUUCACAGAGGUUGGACUGCCCGCGAGUGUUCGCUUAAUGUCACUUGUGGUGACGUUGUGAGCUGUGCAGAAGUUGGAAAUGUCACUCCCGAUAUGUGGUUCACCGUCAUUUCUUUUCCGACUUGAAAUGUAGACGCAUUUUUUCAUGUGUGCCCUGGACCAAUCCCCACUGAAGGUUAUGUUCAGUGCUAGGUACACUGCAAAAUCUUUGAUGGACUGUUGGAUGUUAGCUGGGGGAAUAACCACGCCCCCUCCCACUCUUCUGAGACAGUGAUUGUGGAGUCCUGACAUCCUGGUGACACAUUGCGUGGUUGGUGUGGAGGAGGGAUGAUAAUGCUCCAAAUAGUCUUCGUGUGGCAAUGAGUUUCCUGGGGGGUUUGUUCGGGCCGGUGUGCGAGAUUGAUGUCCUGCUCAACGAUGCCGAGAGCCGGAAGACUGCUGAACUCAAGACAGAAGAUGGAAAGAUGGAGAAACAUUAUAUGUUCUAUGACGGAGAGUCUGUAUCUGGGAAGGUGAAUCUAAAUGUCAAGCAGGGAGGAAAACGACUGGAGCACCAGGGCAUCCGCAUUGAGUUUGUUGGACAGAUCGAGCUCUUCUCGGACAAAAGCAACACCCACGAGUUUGUGGAUCUGGUGAAAGAGUUGGCGUUGCCGGGAGAGCUCACCCAGAAUAGAAGCUACGACUUUGAGUUCAUGCAGGUGGAGAAGCCCUACGAGUCGUAUACUGGCGCCAACGUCAGGCUAAGGUAUUUUCUCAGGGUGACGAUAGUUCGUCGAUUGUCAGAUCUGGUGAAGGAGUAUGAGCUGAUUGUCCACCAGCUGGCCACCUACCCAGACGUCAACAACUCAAUCAAGAUGGAGGUCGGCAUAGAAGACUGCCUUCACAUCGAGUUUGAAUACAAUAAAUCCAAGUACCACCUAAAGGACGUCAUCGUUGGGAAGAUUUACUUCCUGCUGGUCAGGAUCAAGAUCCAACACAUGGAGCUGCAGCUCAUCAAGAAGGAGAUAACAGGCAUAGGUCCGAGUACGACCACAGAGACGGAUACAGUGGCCAAGUAUGAGAUUAUGGAUGGAGCACCGGUUAAAGGCGAAUCUAUUCCCAUCAGACUCUUUCUAGCAGGGUAUGACUUGACAACCACCAUGCGGGACGUCAACAAGAAGUUCUCUGUACGCUACUUCCUGAAUCUGGUGUUAGUGGAUGAAGAAGAUAGAAGAUACUUUAAGCAGCAGGAGAUUGUUUUGUGGAGGAAAGCCCCAGAGAAGAUUAGAAAACGAAACUUCCACCAGCGUUACGAGUCUCCUGAUUCCCAAACUCAGCCUGUUAAUGCGGAGCAGCCGGAGAUGUGAGGGCAAGCGAGGCCAUGAACUGAAAACAAACGUACAGAUACACACAAGCGUAUUCUUCACUGCUGAGCAGACAGAGGUGUGACAGCUGCCCCACUCUCUGCCUGGGCUGUAUUCAUGAAUACACACACGAUGACAUCUUCCUCACCUCAGCCUCAAGCGUAAGCGGUCCUUCUGAGGGCAUACCACCACACUCUCAUUUGGACACGCGCACUUUCUGCUGACAUGACAAGGACAAAGAAGCCGGCCACUACGUACACCUUUGCUAACAGGAUUUUUUUCCGCUUGGGUGCACACAUACACUGUACUUUCUUACAAUAUUUGUUUGCACCCACAAUGACACUUCAGCACUCUUGUUCAGCCAUCUUGUCGGGGGACACUCUCUCUAGUAUAUUUUGUAAAAAGCUGCUCUUACUUCGGAGAUGUCGCCUAUGUUUGGAACUGAGAAACAAAUGCUCAUCGUUGAUUUCUAGUCCUGUAUUUUGUUUCCACAUUGUAGACCUCAAUGUUCUGUCUGAUCACAGUUCUUUAUAGAUAAAUUAAAUUACAAGGCUUCAAAGGCAUUUGAUGCAGUUUUUAGUUGGUUUGUCUGGAGUUAUUUCUCAGUAGCCACAGAUUAUGAAUGUCCAUUAGUAAUUUGUUGGACAUUUUUUAUCUGCAUCUGCUCAUACUGUAGACAUACCGGUUUGUGGGUAUGAUGUUUUCAGUUAAAUCAUUCAAUGUAAAAGUUCUGCUGAAGUCUACUGUUGCAAGCACUGCUCAUCACCUAUAAAUCCACAGCUGUGUUUCACUGUGACAUUUAAAUGGUUAUAUGAUGUCAGUAAACCCAUGUGAUGGGAUAUUAGCUCAUAAGCUCUGUGUUGCACUUUUUGUCAUUAAAAAGGUGCUAAAAUGGCCACUUUAAAUCAGUUGUCAUUUAUAUACUGUUAUGUGUUUUAAUUGGAAUUGUUUUUGUCUCUUUCAUGUGUAAAUCAUGACUCCACGAGUUUCAUAAACACUCAUGUCCACCGUUGAUCUUAUGUUUCUUCACUUAACAGUUGAAUGUGCAUUACUUAUGUGCAAGAAACAGAAUUAUUUUUUUCUUGCUGCCAGACUCCAUUUGUCUUUCUAAUCAUGUUGGCUGUUUGGGCUUAAAAACUGCACAGGUCAAGAAAACAAAACGUUUCUCCCUUAUUUGCAUGUUUCAGUUUGUGUGUAUAUGUUCAGUAUGUACAUUAAAUCCUUAAACACUGAAAAUGAAUCCUUAAUAAAGCCAAUUUAUAUUGACAAUA